AUGGCACUGAGCACUGGUGGGGCCGGGGAGGGUGCAGAAGGCCGUGGUGGAGCCAUGAGUGCUAAAGGCACCGGUAAGAGCAAAAUCAAUCCAAGCCUGGCCGUCAAGGCAGAGUUGGCCCAGGUGGAGUCGCUGAAGAUCCAACUCAAGGAUACCGAAGCGAAAAAGCUGGGCCGCCCGGCAGGAGACAGAGACAUCGGUCAGGCUCAGGCAGAUGCCGCAGAAGCACAGGCACAAGAACCCGACAGCAAGAAGCGGAAAACCAAGAAAUCUGCCAGAGGGCUCACCAUCAAGGGCUACAGCGACGACGAGCGUUCCUCGUUUUCUGGUGUUGUGACUUCCUGCACAUCAGGAGCGACAGAGUCUCGACCAUUGACGGCCCUCGAUGAUAUCAUCCGUGCCCUUGACUAUGCAAUGGGUCUUCUGAAAAACAAGGACAUGAUCACUGAGGAAUCUGCCACACUGGACACCUUCGGUUUCUGUAUCUCGUUGUGGCUCGAGUUCGCGUUUCAGGGCAAGGUGUCUGUGGCUGGGCGGGAGCAUCGUGCAUACUCCUUGCUGCGAGUCGAUCUGCAGCAGACCCUUUUGGAUGCCAAUGAGACGCUGAACACGCCUGGGUUUGUGACCCUUGACAGUGAUGGCCAAAAGACCUGCAAUGCUUUGGAGCUUGCGAGGUUGCUGAAUGAGAACCUCACAAGCCAGCCUGUGUCCGAGAUUUUGUGGGCUGAGGACGACGACGGUGACGAGCGGGCACUGAGGAGCGUUUGUGAGCACAUGACCUGCAAUCGCGAGCUGACCGUGGUGCCCUGGACCGCCUACAUAUCCCAGAAGCUCCACUUGCCAAUCCUCAUGCACCAGCCCGUGCAAGAUGUGGUGACUUCUCUGUUGUCUGAGAGUGCCGCCGGGAGGAAGUACCUGUUGGUGGAUGUUAUCUCCUCGCUCUACUCGGGCAUUUGCAACAUCUUGCCCCCGGGCAUGUUCGGCUUCGCUUUCGAUGUCGCUGCAGCAUACGGAGAACGAAAACACUUUGUGGAGGGCACUCAGGAGGUGUUCGGGAAUGUCGACAACCUCCAGAAGGCUUGCUCUCUUCGUGUAACGUAUCUUCUGGAGCUGUUGAAGGAGUUGCUCGUGCUUCGCAAAGCCGGACGGAUCCACUUGCAGGUGUCCGAACCGCUGGAUGGCUUGAUCCCAAAGCUGCACGCACUGCGAAUGACAGAUCCCUGCUUUAGCAACAUGGUCGCGUUUGACGCCGUACAGUUCGCGACCCACUGGGCUCGUGACUGGACUGCCAUCCUCGAGAAGGCCGACUCGGACGACCUGAUGUCAUUCAAUGAUAAGCUGGUCGCUGCCACAGAGGGGUUGGACACCAAGGAUGCGACACAGGGGACCUCCAGCACGACUGCAAAAUCGAUAACGGCAGCAUCUUUGUUUCGUUCCAGCUCCACCAACGACAUUGACAUUGAUGGUAAGGACGAUGAUCAAGCCAACGGAGGAUCCGAAAACGGUCAGAGUGGCACGGCAAUUCCUGGCUCGCGGAGUACUGGUUCCGCUGAAGGAGCAAGCGCCAAACAGAAGCGGCUGACUCUCUACCAGGUCAACACCUUUUGCACCACCGACGAGGUCAUGUCCGCUGCCGGUGUUCUAUCCCACAGUGAUCAUGCAAAGAGCCUGGAGAUCAAGAGCAUGGACACGAUCUUCUUCAAGGUCUUGACUCGGCAGCUGGAGAUGUUGCAGUGGCAGAUGUACUCGGCCAUCUGCAGGGGGGAAGACUCCAUUGUGCUGAACUUCGAGAGCAAGAAAGAGGGCUUGUGUAGGAUGAAUGUCCCAGUGAAUGACGGCCUACGACUGCCCUUCGCAGGCACAAUCACGACCACCCACUCCAAGGGGGCAUUGCAUUUCUGCCGGCUUUUCGGGGUGGACUUUUACGUCCAGCCCAGGGACCCCAAGGAGUCGUCCAUCACCAGCUCAGGUUGUGAUGUGCUCGUGGCCGCGUGGCACGCCAAGCCCGUGGCAAAGCCUGCAGACGCUUACCUCUAUCAAGAGGUAACGCGGAUGCACUUCGUGUGCUGGCGCGAGCGCAAUGCUGGCGAGUCUGAUGAGCAUGACAAGAAGAUGUCUGAGUCGGAGCCCGUUGAGUCCGAUCCCUACGGAUCCGCAUCUUGUGCUGCCGAGCUUGUCUUCAGGUUGGCCAAAGACGACACGGAGAAAGAGAAGUUGAUCGGAAAGGCCGUCAUGGAGAACUGGCCGCAUUGCCAUUUGGCUUGUUCUGGCGAUUGCGAGAUGCAGGUUCUCCGCCCAGCUGAUGGCAUCAUGGAAAAGUUGCAGGCCGCAGUGGACAAACAGAAGGAGAAAAUGGAGAAGGCAGCCGUGGCGAUGGUCAAGCAGUCUACCAAAAAGAAGGACCGCGAAGCCAAGGCAGCAGCCAAGAAACAGCGACGUGGUAAAGGUGCAGGUCGCGGCGGUGAUGAUGCCGAGUACGAUGACGAUGCUGACCUCCGGGCAUGCCUCAAGCGCAAGAACGAUUUGGAGCAACAGAUUGCAGAUGAGAAGGUCAAAGACGAGCAAGAGGACGGUGCCGUGCAGGCAGCAUUGGAUCGAGCAAUGGACACCUGUGUGAUGCCCGAUACCUUGCCACUGACCAAGAUCACGAUUGCGAAAUCGGCGUCAGACGACGGGGUGGAGCGCUCAGCUCGUCAGAAGGCGAUGGCGGAAGCACUUGCGGCCGCCGAAGCCAAAUUGAAGGAGCGGAUGUCGGCAGCGGCAUCGACAUCAGACAACACGUCGGACGUGGCAGCCGACAUGCUUGGGAUGCAGGCCGCGAUCAACUACUUCAAGACGCCGGGCAAGGGCGACAAGAAAGGCAAAGGCACGGAACGUGAACAUUUGUGUUGUUCACGUAUCAAUGUAUCAAACAGGACGAGGCUGGCUGUAUGCGUAAAUAUUCAGGUGAAGUCACUUUUCACAUUCGUCACGUUUGUAUGGCCUGUUCAUUAG